UCUGUCGGUCGCGGUUUUAUUCUCGUUUUCUUUGGCAUAUUUGUAUUUGCAACUAACUAAAUAAUCUUUAUAAUUCCAUAAAUACUUCGAAUUUAAAGGCUGUUAUUAAAAUUUAUACUUUCUUUCUAAAUACUUGCAUUUAAUUAAGUAAUCCCAAUAAUGUGCUAAAUGUUUACUUUUACAAAUACGUUUUAUUAUUUUUAAAUUUUAUGUCUAUCUUUUGAAGUUACCUCAAAUCUCAAUCUCCUACGAUGGAAGUCCAAUUUGGACCAAAUUCCAUAGAUGAAUCUAAUCUGCUUUACAAGCUACAACGGAAAAUAAAGGUGUUUAAUACAUCUAAUACAUUGCCUAAUCGAGGGUACAAUUUAUUGACGACAUCAAGCAAAUAUGGUAUUGUAUUUGUUGCUUCACCACAAGGAGUUUUAUCUGUGUACAAUAUCAAAGAGUUGAUCAACAAUGAAAUUGAACCUCAACAUCUAUCAGUAAAACUACCAGUGCAACCCACUCAUAUAGCCGUAAACUGCGAUCAGGAAUGGCUAGCUGUAGUUGGGAAUCAAAUGCUUUUAGUUUUUAAAGUAACUGAUUUUCAAAAUCCAAAUGUUGGACCAUCUGCAUCUAUAAAAUGUGACGUCGAUCCAUCAACUUUUGUAUCAUCCCUGCAAUGGAAUCCAUGUGUACCUGACACUAUUGGUAUUGUCUUCUUUGACGGUACUCUAGUUGUUUGCCAAGUUAGUACUAUGCAGAAAAAGCAAAUACCAUCAACAGCUAGGUGCAUAUGUUGGAGCCCCAAAGGAAAACAGCUAGUAACUGGUAACAGCGAUGGAACGCUCUGUCAAUACAAACCUGACUUGUCACCAAUGAAACAAGUACCCGCUCCUAAUCUGUUUGAAGGAGCACCUGUUGAAGCUCUGGCUAUUUAUUGGAUAUCCACUUAUCAAUUUGCUGUUGUAUUUAGAAACGCAUCUGAUAAUAGCCGGCCAGCUGUAACUAUAGUCAGCACACCUAAGGUAGCAAAGCCUGGAUGCCUAAACUAUGAAGAUAUUUGUUACAGUAUGGGUUCCAAUAGACCCUGGUACUACUAUUUAUAUGGCAUUGCACAAUGGAAUAUGAUUUUGUCAUCAUCAUCAAAUAGUAUGGAAAUUGCAACCCUUGGAACCAAAGAUUGUGUUGCUUGGAUGCAAUGGUGCCAGAAUGAUGAAGCCAGACCAGAGUUGCCGCUAACAUCUAAAAAACAAGAAAAUUACCCUGUUGGAUUAUGUGUUGAUACUAGUGCUGUUCAUCAGCUGCCAUGGGGUGAAAAUGAAGUUCUACCACCAAUGCCUUUUUUGCUCAUCGUAUCACAGACUGGUCUCCUAACAGUCUUCAAUAUCAUUAACUUGGAUAAGGGGGUCGCGAAAAUAUGCGCACAGCCUCAGAUUCUCUCUUUACCAACUGCUGCUAUGACGAGUGAAAUACCAGAUGACGCACCACAACAGGAAGCUGCAACACCUGCUCAGCCUCAACCGGCGCCAGUUCAACAUCAACAACCAGUUCAACAACAACAACCAAUUCAACAACAACAACCAAUUCAACAACAACAACCAAUUCAACAACAACAACCAUUUCAACAACAGCAACCAAUUCAACAACAACAACCAUUUCAACAACCGCAACCAAUUCAACAACAACAACCAUUUCAACAACAGCAACCAAUUCAACAACAACAACCAUUUCAACAACCGCAACCAAUUCAACAACAACCGAUUCAACAAUCCCCAGUACAACAACUAACGUCAAUACAACAACUAUCGAAGCCCAUACAACAGACGCCAACGGUCGAACAACAGACGGCAAAUAGCGCGCAAUUUUCACUGUCGCAAGUGCAGAGUGCUAUUGGAGCUGCGGCUGCAUUUAAUGUGCAAAAGCCAACAGCAGCUGUUACUGUAUCAACUCCACCAGCAGCACCAAAACCAACUCCAGUACAAAUCACUCCAAAUCAAAAUGCGACCGUGGAAGCAAAUGCUGCAAUGAAGUUGGAACAAGAGAAGGCAAAUAAAGCUAAAGUGGAACUUGAAUUGAAGAAUAUGUUGAUAAAGGAAGUCAAUGAUUUCCAAAUGGAACUCUAUAAAUUUAUGACUAUGACUAGGGAGAGUCAAAAUAAGAUUCAACAAGAAAUCGAUGCAGUGAAACCAAACUCAGAACUGCAAACGUUAGACGCGGAACAAUUGAAGAAAGACUGUUCUGUAGAGGAGUUGACGGAAUCUGUGAUUCAAUUGAAGUUGGAGCUUGUGCGAGCUUGUGCGGUGAUCGCUGAGGCUAAAACUCAUGCUGAAGCCAAGGAUCUUCAUGAAUGGACACAAGCCGAUCCGUUAACCAUCAAACGUUUUGCUUCCAUCAAGAAGCUUGCGUAUUACGUGCAGAAUCAGCUGGACCAAGCGCAAAAAGCGCUUGACUUUAAAUGGAAUGAUAUGUCUACCAAAAGUCAAUAUGGAAAACCAGGCCCACGUAUGAUUCGUCCAAUCUUAGAUGACGUGUAUCAACCCCUUGUGAAACAACAGGAGAUUCUCAGCCGCCAACAAGCAGUGUUAAAAACGUUAAGGAAUACACUCAACGAAUGUAGUACGACGCCAAUGUUUAGAUCCACUUCCUUGUUACGGAGCACGCCGUUUAAGAAUAAGGAUCCAUUAUCGAAAUUGACAAAAAAUAUUCUCAACAUGAGCAUUGAACCGCAAGACAAUAAAGAAAAGGAACUAUCCGCCCAAAAGUUAGAUGCUCUCCGCGACAUGCUUUCCAACCAUAGACCCAAAAAGAUCAAACCAGUUAGUGUCGAACUACGUCAGCAUUUAGAGUCCAUGUGGGAUAAAUAUAAGAAAGGCGUAAAGGAAAGAGCGGAAAAACGCGAAAUGGACAAACAGAUGGAAAUACAAAAGCAAAAUGAUAUCCAUAGACAAAUGGAAUACCAAAAACAAUUAGAGGCCCAAAGACAAAUUGAAAUACAGAAACAAAUAAAAGCGGAUAUUCAAAGACAAAUAGAGGCGGAAAUGCAAGCAGAGAUAAGAAAGGAAAUAAAGGCUCAGAUGAUGAUUGAGGCGCAGGCUAAAAUGAAAACUGAAUUGCAGCAAGGUAUAGUAGAAUCUCAACAAAUUAAUACAUUCAUUAAAAAGGAGCCGAAACCUUUGAAAGAGUCGCCCAUUUCUAUACCGUCAUUUUCACCGGCAAGUAUGGCAAAACCAUCCAAACCUGGUAUGGGAAAUGUUGCCAGGACAUUGUUUACUGGAGAAACAAAGACUGAAGAUGCUCCUAAGCCACAACCACAAGUUUCGGCAGAACCAAUCAAGACUGAACCAAUCCCUGCUAAUAUAACUUCACCAUCAAACCAACGUUCACUAAAAGAUUAUUUGAAAGGUGAUGUUGAAAACUUGGUACAAAAUGUCUGCUCGCCAACUUCUUUCUCUUUUGCUAAACCCGCCACAACUAGCAGUACACCUUCAUCAGUAUUUUCAUCAAAACCAAUUGCCGGAAUGACGAGUAUGUUAAGUAAAUUCACGGAAUCGCCAGCUCCCGAAACAAAACAAACCGUGAAACCCAUUGUGACGUCUGAUGAAACGGGCGAACUCGAAACUAUAAAAAGCGUGACUCAGUCACAAACUAAAGAAACUAAACCCCUACAAAAUAUAUUCAGUAUGAAAACAUCUACACCCUUAACAAGCGUGCAAAAUGUCCCUGACCUCGUUAAAGGAAAUCAAAUAACGUUUGGUAAAGCUGAAGUUAAACCAGCGCCAAAAGUAGAAAAAGAACCUUCAGUGCCUAAAGAGAACGUACAGAAAGCUGCCGAAGCUACAGUAAAAAUUUCUGUUGCAAAGAAGGAUAGUGAAUUGAAACCUUUUCCUAUACAAUCUAUUAGCAUCCCGCCUGGUGUAACACCUUCUCAACCUGUUUUUGUUGUGGACCUUAAAAAACCAAAUGAAAUUAAAAUACAAAAAUCUCUCCCUGCUGCAUUUUUUGCUACUACUGCAGCAACUACUGUGACAGAGAGUCCAACAGUUACUACAUCUCAAGUGACAUCUUCCGCCUCUGUACCAGCUAAACCUUCAUCCACGACACCGGAAAGUACCGAACCGCCACCUGCUACAACUGUUUAUUCUACGCCCGAUUCGACCAAGAAAGAAGAAACUGCUGAACAAAAACCACCAACUCCCCAAUCAGAACAAACUACCCCCAAAAUAGAAACACCAGCUUCAACUCUAUCAUCACCAAUUACACCCACAGUAACAACAACAACACAAGCACCUACCAGUCCUACACCACAAUCUAUAUUUGGUAGUGCUGUAUCAAAAUCUUCAAUAUUCAGUGCACCAUCUUCAGGAACAGCUCAGCCAUUGUUCGGAUCUUCUACACAAGUGACUAAUACUACUACAACAACCUCAUCAAGCUUUGGUUCGCCAGGUUUUGGAAGUACACUCUUCGGUUCCACUACUACGACGCCAAGCGUCACUACAGUUGCUUCUUCUUCUGUAUUUGGCCCGUCUUCCGCUCAGAGCGUUUUCAGUAGCGCCAAUAAAACGGCAUUCGGUACACCGGCUACUUCUACUCAAGGUCUAUUUAGUACAACAACAACAACCUUUGGAGGUGGCGCAGUGUUCUCUUCUAAUCAGUCGCUUUUUGGAACGUCAUCUGCACAAAGUGCUGUAUUCGGCAGUAACGCUCAACCUGCGUUUGGAUCGCAAACAACGCAAUCCACAUUCGGUGGAACGUCGCCUACUACGCAAUCCAGUACAGGCAGUAUAUUUGGAACGUCUACGUCGACCACGCAAUCUUUGUUCGGUUCGUCUACCGCCGCCCAGCCUGUAUUUGGCAAUGCGGCUACGACACCAACGUCAGUUUUUUGUGGAACUUCUACGUCCCAAUCGGUGUUUGGUGCGCCUACGUCACAGGCAGUGUUUGGUUCCCCUACAUCGCAGUCAUCUGUGUUUGGUUCCACUGCACCGGCGGCUUCAGUGUUCGGAACAUCAACUACGAGUCAAGCUGGAUCUAUGUUUGGUGACGGUGGUGCGGGCUUGUUUGCUGCAGCCAGUAUUUCUACAACGAGCGCUCCAUCACAAAGUGCAGGCAAUUUGUUUGGCAGCAGUUCCAACUCAGUAUUUGGAAGUUCCAAUACCAAUGUGUUUGGAGCAAAAUCAACGUUCAGUGGAAGUAAUCCCACCGCCGCCAGUAUAUUUGGUGCAAGCAAUAACAGUGGCAGCGGUUUUGGGCAAAAGCCUGCCACGGAUUUCUGGAGUGGAGGCAAUAAUACAGCUACUAGCGGAUUUGGUUCUGGUUUUGGUCAACCAGCUACAACGCAAAGUUCGUUAUUCGGUAGCUCUGGAGGCAGUUUCAGUCAACCAUCCACGGGCCAGCCUUUUGGUAGUCCACAAAAGUCAGUGUUCGGUUCGCCGCAACAACAAUCGGCUCCUGCUUUUGGUGGCUCACCCGUGUUCGGCUCAAAACCUGUAUUUUCAUCACCACCUAGUUUCGGCGGCUCCGCAUUCGGGGGCGGUAACAAGAGCCCCAGCGCGGGCUUUGGGGCCUCCGCUACAUUCGGCGGGGCCCCCGCGUUCGGUGCCCCCGGCUUUGGGAACACUUCGCCGGGGAAAGUGUUCGGUGGGACUUCGCCUGGAUUCGGUUCGCCCACACAAUCAAAUGCGACGUUUGAAAACCUAGCGACACAGAACACGCUGACGUUCGGAAAUCUCGCACAGCAGUCGGGACAAGCGCCGCAACAAGCACCUAGUUUUAAUACGUCUCCAUCAUUCUCUGGCUGGCGUGGUUGACACAGACAUACUGCUUCAAGAAAAUAAAUAUGGUGAAUGGACUAUUAUUGUGAAGCAUUAUAUGCUAUACUAAUGUGAUGUUUUAAUAUUAUUGUGUUAUUGUUGGAACUAUCAUGAUAAAUUAAGAAUAAAGAAAUUUUGAUACAAUAAUA